UUGCCAUCUGCAAUUUAAGAAGACACGAAGAAGAAGAAGGCGAAUCCGAAGUGGCGACAGAGUGAGCCCACGGGAUCGUCAAAAUCUUUGCGUAAACCAGGAUGCCAGGCAGCGUGUGGAGGUCAAUGCUGUCCCAGGUGCUGGUGGGAGCAGCGAGGAGGCCUUUUUCCAGAGGGAUUCAGACUGUAACGCUGAUUCCUGGUGAUGGGAUUGGACCAGAGAUCUCCACUGCAGUCAUGAAGAUUUUUGAGGCGGCUAAAGCUCCAAUCAGAUGGGAAGAGAGAAAUGUCACAGCGAUAAAAGGGCCUGGGGGGCGCUGGAUGAUUCCUCCUGAUGCUAAAGAGUCAAUGGACAAGAGCAAGAUUGGCCUGAAAGGUCCCCUGAAGACACCCAUUGCUGCAGGCCACCCCUCCAUGAACCUAUUGCUCAGAAAGACCUUUGACCUCUACGCGAACGUGCGGCCCUGCAUCUCCAUUGAGGGCUACAAGACCCCGUAUGUCGACGUGGACCUGGUCACUAUACGAGAGAACACGGAGGGCGAGUACAGCGGCAUCGAACACGUGAUUGUGGACGGAGUUGUUCAGAGCAUCAAACUGAUCACAGAGAACGCCAGCAGACGUAUCGCAGAGUACGCAUUUGAAUACGCCAGAAACAACCAAAGAACCAGUGUCACUGCUGUCCACAAAGCCAACAUCAUGCGGAUGUCUGAUGGUCUGUUUCUCAGAAAAUGUCGUGAAGUGGCUGAAAACUACAAAGACAUCAAGUUUACGGAGAUGUACCUUGACACUGUGUGCCUUAAUAUGGUCCAGGAUCCGACCAAGUUUGAUGUUCUAGUCAUGCCCAACUUGUAUGGAGACAUCCUGAGUGAUCUAUGUGCUGGUCUGAUCGGAGGUCUCGGAGUCACACCCAGUGGGAACAUCGGAGCGAACGGAGUGGCCAUAUUUGAAUCGGUUCAUGGCACUGCCCCCGACAUUGCCGGGAUGGACCUGGCCAACCCUACUGCCUUGCUGCUCAGUGCUGUCAUGAUGCUGCGUCACAUGGGACUCCACGACUAUGCCGCCAAGAUCCAGACUGCCUGUUUCGACACCAUCAGAGACAAGAAGGUGCUGACGAAGGACCUGGGAGGAAGCUCAAAGUGCUCAGAGUUUACAGCUGAGAUCUGCCACCGGAUCCAGGACCUAGACUAACCUUCUUCCAAGCUCCCUCCCAAGGUCUGUUUCACCUGUGUUAGUGCUGUAAUAAGGGGUGGGUUCUGUAGCCGAAUUUGGUCAAACAUUCAUCGCAAACACGCACAAUGUUGGGAUGACACCUUUCCACUGUCUUUGAAAUAUCAUUAUAUUGGUCUUAAUAAUUGGAUUUCAUUGUUUUCUGUUUUUUUGAAGGUGACUUGGUUAAAUGGCCUUAUUUAUUGUUUCUACUUUCCUGUCUCAUGCUUCUGUCUUGAAUAACUAUACACAAACUUAUCAGUGACGCUAGAAUUUAUACAUUUAUAUCUAACUUUACAUGCAGUUUGUCCCCACAAACCUGCAAUGUCUGCCUUAUUGUCAAGUCCUUGAAUAAAUUGUUUUAUUAAAAAGA